AUGUCAAGUAAACUUCAGCAAGCCUCCCUGACCAAACUGUUAGAAUAUCUGGAUGCACCGUUCGCUGUAUCACAGAAGCACGCACGCAACAAGCUUUCGCAUCAGGAAUCGCCCCAUCAACAUAGUGCCCGCACACCUACGAAAAGCGCUGAAGAGAACAACAAAGACUCUUUCUACGAUAACUCACUAAUGUAUGGGAUAUCCAGCCAACAGGCGCUUAUCGAUCUUGGUAAAGAGACGAAUCUCAUCUUUGCUUCCACAAGAGAGGAAUCAACGACACCUUCAUGUCGUGGCGAAGGACCUUUUAACGCCAGAAGAGCAGAACCAGCGACCAAGAAGAAGGCUAAGAACGCCGACUCUCUCACCAGUGGUAUGCAGGAUGCCGCAGACAAAAUGCUCUCGGUUUCGAUGCCGAGGAUGAAGCUCAUCUUUACAUCUGUGGAGAGAAGGUUCACGCAUAAUUCGACACCAGUGGGCUAUCAUAAUUCCUCUCCACAAGAAGCUAUCCGCCUCGGAAUCACGGAAUUGCCGGAGAAAACCGGUGCACCGGCGCUCGCCACGUGGACAUUCGCAUAUCUUGAACGACUUGCCCGGCCUUCUGAAGCAAUCAUGCGAAACAGUCUUCACUUCUUUGGUCACAUUACAAGGAAAUCGUCUGCUCAUCUUGUCCAAGCUGUCUGGGGAUGCUUCUAA